UAUUAAGUAUAAGUCUAUAAUUUUGUAAAUUAUAAAAGAAAAAAUAUCAAAAAUGUUUACCAAAAAUGUAUACUCGUAUUUGUUUAAUUCUAUUAUAAAAAGACAAGUACACGCCAAUGCAAAUUUAAUAAGUAAUUGCGUUGAGGUUAUAAAUCGGAAUCCACGAAAUUUAGAACGUUUGCGAAUAGCCAGGAAACCUCAAGGAUAUCAUUUAGAAAAACAGUUUCGUAAUUUCUGGCAUAAAUUACAAAUUACACCACAUAAACGUUACGUAGUUGGUGAAGUAGUACAUUUUCAGAAUGGUACUGUCAUUUCUGUAUCAACUAAUGAAUGGGCGCUUAAAAAACAAUUGUACAGACAAUAUGACAGUAUGGCAUAUAUUGCCUUGGGAAAAGUGUUAUCACUGCGCUGUCUAGAAAGUGGAAUAUGUGAACUUCAUUUUGAUGAAGAACCCAGUAGUAAGGUAUCAUUAUUAUUAGAACAAUUAAAAAAGAAUAAUAUUAUCCUUUGUGAACCCGAAAGAUAUAUUCAUCCAUAUCCGUGGAGUUUAUUCCGACCAGAAAAACCAUGGGAAACUCAGGAAUGACUUGUAUACAAUCAAAGUUAGUUCUUUUUCAAGUAAAUAUUUUAAGGUAUGGUAUAAGCAGUAAAGGUAUUUGAUGCCAUUGUAAUGUAUUCGGAUAAAAGAAAUAAAACAUUUUUUAAUUGUUACGUAAAAAUAAUAUAAUAUAGAUUUGUAUCUAACGCAUAGAUUUGGAAUGUCUGAGAAUAAUAAAUUAUUCAGUUGAUUGUUUAUUA